AAUUGCGUAAUUCGCAGCUAAGAAAGACAACGCUUAAUUGUUUGCACGUUUUGCUGUACAUUAUUUCGUAAAAGACUAAUUAUAGGCAAGUUAGCUAAGCUAGAAGCGAGAGUACAAAAAGAUUGUGGCAGUUUAACGUUAGCUGGUUCGCGAGACAGACGCUUUACAAGUCACUCACUGAAACGUGACGAGACUGUUGCUGACAUCAGAAGGCCACAGGGAGGAUUCUGAAGAGACCCUUAGUAACCCUCCAAUCCAUCGUUAAACUCCCUUUUUAGCGACACAUCCCCAUAAUAAGCCUUCAAUCCUCCAAGUAGAAUUUCAUCAGAGUCAUCAACACAGGCACUGUCAAAUACAGCUUCAUCACUGCUGUACCCAAUCAAUGUCUGAUUUCUGCUCCUUUUGCAACACUCCAGUUUCACAUAAGUGGACCUAUAACAAGCCUAACUUUCACCUAUUAAUGUACCACAGACCCGGUACAAUUAGCGCUUGACAGACUUGAGAAAUCCAUCUCCAACAAGGCCAUCACGAUUCACAACUUUCUGCACAGUCCCACUAGAACGAAACCUUAAAAAAACUGAAAUUAUGCCUCUGCUCCUUGGCCCAACUCUACCAGCCCCUUUUUGAAUCUCAAGAAGUGGCAUGGUUAAACAAUGCACUACUGAAAGGUCUUCGGCUGUUUCAGUCUUAAUCUACGCUUGUAGGACAAGGAGCAGGUGCUUCUGAAAGCGUUGAAAGUGCUCUAGAACCAUGUGUGUCCAUUGGGCAGUGUUUACGAUUGGCCUAGUCCACAGGAUGGGUGGACAGUAGGGGGACAGUGAGACAGUGGACUCAUGUCAUGGAAGGGGUUCUUGCAAUCACAGUACAUACAGAGGGCUUGAAUGGUUUUCCACAAGAAUGUAAACAGACAGAGGACCUAACCAAUGGGCACUCCAAAUGCACAACUAUCCUAAAUGGAUUGUCUCCAGGUAAUUGCAUCAAAGAGAAUGGCAACUUGAAUGGCAACCCUUAUCUUAAAACUGUCCCUAUCUCAGCACUAAAACAGAAUGGACUCUUACAGUCUCUGGCAGCAGGAGGCAAUCAGACUAAAACAGAAGAGGUGAGCUUGGAGGUGGAGCGAGCACAAGAGGAGUGGGAUGCCCUGGAGAGCAUCCAACCAGUUCUUGCUGAGGAUCUCACUCCAUCACCACUGAUCUCCUUCAAUGAGGCUCUGCAGCAUUUUCAGACAACUGAUCUUGGAGACUUGCUUAAGAAUAUUCAGCCCACCAUUCACAGGACUGGAUUGGCUGCCAUCACCCAUUUCUUGUUCGGACCUCCACGGCUACACAAAGACCUUUUAGAAGAGAGAGACUUAGUGUUUGCCAUCGCACAAUGUUCUCUGGAUAAUGGACACUCAGUGCACAUGCGUGUACUCCAGACCGUCUACAGGAAAUUGACUUGCACUCGAGCAGACUGCCCUCGCUAUGGACCACACUGGGAGAAUGUGGGCUUUCAAGGUUCAGACCCUGCUACAGAUCUAAGGGGAACUGGUUUUCUGGGUCUGAUGCACAUUCUCUACUUCGUCAUGGACCCAGAGAUACUACCACUUGCUAGAGACAUCUACAGACUCUCUCAGCAUCCAGUCCAGAAUUUUCCAUUCAGUGUUAUGUCAAUCAACAUGACCCGGAUCGCUCUCCAUGCUCUUAGAGAGGAAGUCCUGUCCAAGGAGUGUAACCGAAGGCAGCAGGUUGUAGCUGUACUGAAUGAUUUUUAUGUUGCAACAUUCCUGCACCUCUAUCAGCUGUGGAAGAACCAGCAGAAAACUAUCUCGGAUUCUGGCCAUGUACUCAAAGAAGUGGAGCUUUUUGCUAAGAAGAACCCCAAGCAGAUUCUCAAACGUCUCGAGGGCUACCUGAAGGAGCGACGUGCUGGGACAGGACACCGGACAUCACCAGACACACUAUCACAUAGCAACCCAUCGCCUUGUGACACUGGGUCUCAAGCAGGGAGUCAAGGCGGGAAGGAGGGGAAAGAGAUCAAUUUCAUCGGAGUGUGUGAGCUGCCACCUGAAAUGGAGGGAGAGGCGAGACUAAUCUGAGAGACAUAGAGGCAUUUGAUUUGUACAAUCUCAACUAUCUCUCAUGCUCUAACUUGGUCUCUCUGUUUCUUUGUUUCCUUUCUGUCCUUUCUUGCUUAAGUACACUCAGAAACAAGUCUAUGUUGUAACUGUAUUGCUAUAAAACUCUUCACGGUCUUCUGUUCUCUUGUAGUACAUUGGCUCUUUAAUGCUUUCUAUGAAAAAGACCAGUAGAUUUAGUAGCUAUCAAUUAAAAAGGAGAAUCUUAGAAUGACCUGCCUCAGUUGCAGGCAGCAGUUGUCUUGAACCUGCCUGAAAGAAAGAGGCUUACAGGCCUCAUUGGUGUGCAGUUGCAGAGUGGCCUGCAGAAGCAAGCACCUUACCCACAACUGUGGUAUUGAGUGAGAAAGACUUCCUGUGUGAAGGCCUGACUAUUAGGCAUGUGUUUGAGUGAAAGCCUUGUCCUCAUGGUCAUUUGAACAUGUUCACUGUGACCGAGUCAAUAUUCAGGAUAGUUUGCAGAGUUCGUAUUGAUGUUGAAGAAGUUGUUUUAUUUAAAUAGCAAAUGUAAUCAAAUGUUGGCUGUUUUUUAAAAUCCCUUUAGAGAGAUAAAUGUCACAAUAUGAUUCAGAGAUUUUCUGGCAUGUUUAUUUUGGCAGGAACUCUUCAACAAGAGCCUGACAUGGUGAAGUCAGGACAUCUUUUGCAUUUUAAAGUGCAUUUUAGUGACCUGUAGACCAAAAUGUAUGAAUGUGUGAGUAUCUAUUUUGCAGUUCCGUUACAAAGCUUACAUUGACCCUUGCAGACUGAUCACUAUUAACAGAAUUGUCUUUAUCAGCUAAAUUCUCUUUGCGCUUUGAGCCACGAUUAGGACUGUAUUCAAAGUUGAAUGUGAUAUUUGGAGGUGUUAUGCUUGUCUGCAUGAAGCAAAAGCCUACAUGUUUCUAGCAGGUCAGGUACAUUCCUGUUGUAAGUAGUCAUAACGUGUCUGUGAAACAUUGUGAGGACGAUCCCAUUGCAAAUAACUUGUGCUGGGUCAUUUCAAGUAUCCCGGAGGAGCCCCGAAUUUAUGUUUUCAAACCCUGUUAUGCCGGAAAUGAUCCUAAAAAAAGUUGUUAUCGGUUUCUUAUGACAUUUCUCAUGCUUGGACCGCUUUCUCAAUCUGCCUACUAGCUUGUCCUGAGAGAAUAGAUGGUGUGUUUUUAAACUGUUGGACUGAUUAAAUUGUUACAGCACUUUUAGCAAUGAAAGUGUGUAAACAAGGCUUAAUAGGGCUACUCGUGUCUAUAAAACAUGGCUUUAAAAAAAACAUUAGCCAGGACGCUGCUGGUCAUUUAAGCUGUAUGUUAUACGUAAGCUAAUGAUUAUUUCCUUGAGAGUUGCAUGAGACACGUCGAAAACUUCAAUAUCUAAAAGUGAAUCACUCUAUUGAACUUCUUGCAUCUAACAAACAGCAUUCAAGUAGAGAUGCGAGACCUGUUUAUAGUAUAGUCAAGGACACCGUGAGACUUGUUGAUUUAAACACGAAAAAAGUAGAAUACUUUACUUUAUUUACUGUUGAGCCACUUCAAGUUAGUGCAGAAAUCAAGUUAGUUGAGAAUUUGAUGUAUUUUUGUCAUUUGCGUCUUGUUCUCCUUAGUCCAGGUCCAUUAAAGAUGUGAGGGUUACAACAGUCAUGUAAAUUAACAGUGAUGUACUGUACAUUUUGGGAAAAAAAACUUGAUGGGGAAAGUCUUUCCUCCCUUUGCAACCCUAUCCUGCACUCUCGUCUUGUAAGCAUGUCAGGUAGCGCUAGAGAUGUAGCAUCCAGGAAUAGUUGUUUUCAAUUCCUUGUUAAAAAAGCUUGUUAAUCUAACUUGGUAUGGUUGCAUAUGUUUGUCUAAGUUACCUAGUCCAAAGUGUUGUUAGACGAUAUGAGUACAGUGCGUUCUGUAUGUUUCAGGUUUAUUUGUUACGCUCUUACUUUAUUAUUGUGUAUCCCCCCCGUUAAACGACAUGAAUAUAAAUACUCAGUGGAUGUAUAUUAGAAGUCUUGUCACUUUAGCCAGUUUCAUUUUAUAUAAAGCAGAGUAGUAUUUUAUAAACUUGAAUAAGAGCAAAAGCAUGAUGGGAAAAAGAUUGUUUAUAUACAAAGGCAAAUCACCCUUUCCAGGGUUAUUUAAUAUAGUUUGGCCGGUUUGUAUUAGUUUAUAUAAGCAGGUUCAACACUUUCAUAAUCCUGUAUAUCCGAGUGAAUUCAGUGCUGCUGUAAACUCCACGGUAAGCAUUGCACUUGAAUCCCGAUGAUUUUGUUUUUCAUACUGACCUGCUGAAAGCAAGAGUGAAUUUUAUGAUGUUACAUAAUAGUAUGUCCGCUAAUUUCAGUUUCAAGCGGUUAAGAGGAGACACAAAUAUUGUCAAGUGAGAGUAUUGACCAAAAAAACAACAACGAUGGAACGCACAUGUACAUUUCCUUCUGUUUUAGGAUAUUUCAAGCCGUCAACUAGCCGGUUACUACUACUCAAAAGUGUGCUUUUAUCUUGCAUACUACAUUGCUCAAAACUCCUUAUGAACAAUCAAACCUGCAGAUGAUCAUGAUAUGAGCCUGGUUUGGCACAUUUUCUUGUAUAUGUCCACACAAUCAGUUGUUUAGUCGUUGUUUUGCUGUAUUUAAUUUUAUUUUUUUUUAAAGGAGAGGGUGGUCUGUAUGUGAGAUGACUAUUAAUGUAUAUGUCUUCUUUUCUUCUUCUUUAGCGUCUUCUUAGAAGAAAAGAAGAUAUACAUAAAUAUAUAUAUAUAUAUAAACAAAAUUAUAUGAUUGUAACAUGAUGAUUGUUACCGGGGCAUAUUAUGCAUACCUCAGGCUUCAGACAAAUCUCUUCUGGGCAGACAUUUUAUUGAGGACAGCCAUGAUCCCAUGUCGUAGCACAAAAUGGUGUGGUGUCUUUUGCAGUAAUCUACCUAGCUUGAGAAUGUACUGUAUGUAUAUGUAUGUACACUAAUGCAGCACUGCAAAUAUUGACUUCUACAAUAUAUAUUUCUAUAGCCCAUGUUUGUGAAAACCGUAGUCUUACACGCUGAAACGCAACUGAACCUUUGCUGGAGGAUGUUUUUAACAAUCUUAAUGGUUUGACGUCGAAACAAAUCAGACAAUUUUGUGGCCUUUGGUAUUUACUGUGCUUUUGUGAAUGGUUUUUUGCAACGUUGCAAUGUCAAAAACGAUUCACUCUACUAUGGCACAAUGUAACAAUAUUUGUUUGGACCAAAAGGAACAUUUGUGGGUUUGAAGCUGGUUUGGAGGUCAAGCUCUUUUAAUGAGAAAUCUUGCCGUCCUAAAUGUUAGAAUCUCUCCUAAAUGUUAGAUUUCUUCCCAGUGUGUUUUAGAUGAAAGCAUUCCACAAUACUUCAUUUAUCUGGUCCACUGAGAUGACAUUUAUUUGUUGAGAAGAUACAAACCCAAAUGUCCAAUUUGAUUCAUUUAGUUGCCCUGAGUCAAAUUAAAACAAAAGUCCAAAAUUUCCUGCACUUAAUUUAAAGAUGCAUCAUUAUUGUCUGUUAUGAUCCUUCAGAGCAUUU